AUGGCGGACUGGGACUCUGGAGAUGUCGAAGAAAUCUCGCGUGAGGCUAAGACGUCUGGCUUGAGCGGUCGAGUUCACAUCAUCGGCCUCGGCAACGCAGGGACAUUCAUCGCGCAUUCGCUGGCAUCGCGACAAUCUCCGCCACCGAUCACUCUACUUAUGCACCAAGCAUCGUUCUAUCAUGCUUUUCGGAGGAAAAAGCGGAGCCUAGCUGUCAAUUACAAUGGAUUGGACGAUAACAGGACGGGCUUCGACGUCGAAGUCCUGGAAGAUAAAGUGUGGCGCAGGAUACCUUCAAAAGAGGAGCAGAUGGAGAUCCAGGAGGAGAGUGAGAUGUUUGAAAAUGACGAGAUGCUUCUUGAAGAAGAAGAAGGUCACAUCGACUGCCUCAUUGUUUGUUGCAAGGCAUAUAUGACGGAAAAGGUCCUCAGGGACGUCCGCCACCGGUUGAGCUCAAACUCGACCAUUCUUUUGAUCCAGAAUGGGUUGGGUAUUGUUGAAAAGUUGAACAAGGAGUUAUUUCCGGAUGAGCAGCAUCGGCCCAAUUACAUGCAGGGUGUGCUCAGCCACGGCCUGAAGAAGCAAGACUCAUUCAAAAUUGGCCAUGUCAGCGUUGGCUCGCUGGUCCUCAGCCCUGUCGUGACUGGCCACACUCCCCUCAUCGAGGCCGAGAAGGAUACUCACUGGGCCCCUUCAACCAAGUACCUUCUACGUCUGUUGACUCUGACACCUUCCCUGGUUGCUACAGCCGACACGCCCGCUGGUCUUUUGCAAUAUCAGCUGGAGAGAUUGACCGUCAGUUGUGUUCUCGGCUCACUCGGGGCGAUUCACGACUGCAAGAACCGCGAGCUUUUACACAACUUUGCCGUCUCUCGCACUAUGCGCUUGCUGCUUUUGGAGAUUUCGAGCGUCAUUUGCGCUCUCCCCGAGCUGCGUGGUAUUCCUGGCAUCGAAGACAGAUUCUCUCCAGGGCGUUUACGGCGACUGGUAAUCAACGUCGCGGCAAAUCGUCCAGAGGAUGCCAGUUCCUUGCGUAAUGAUCUGCAUUACCAACGAAACACGGAGAUUGAUUUCUUGAACGGGUGGAUCGUCAAACGUGGCGAAGAACUAGGCAUGAAAUGCGUGCUUAAUUAUAUGAUUCUGCAGCUUGUUCUCAGCAGAAUGUACAUCAUCAAGCACCGGGAAGCCAGCGCUGUCCCCAUUGACUUUGAAAACGUCAUCCUUACUGGGGAUAACAAUAAGGAUGAUUAA